UCCCGCCUCCGGCGCGUGCGCGGUGCCGCGGUCCCGCGGCGGGCGCGGGCGGGGCCGGACGGAACCGGAGCCGCAGCCGGAGCCGCCCGGCCCGGGUCCUGUGGAGCAUUGGUGGUGCUGGGCCCCUUCUGAUGGGAGGAUGGUUGUGCUCAGGCAGUUUAGGCUGCUGCUCUGGAAGAACUACAUCCUGCAGAAGCGGCAGAUCCUGGUGACGCUGAUCGAGGUGUGCCUGCCGCUGCUCUUUGCCGCCAUCCUGAUCGCGCUGCGGCACCGCGUGCACUCCGUCAGCCACCCCAACGCCACCCUCUACCCCACCCAGUCUGUGGAUGACCUGCCCAGCUUCUUCUCCUCCCAGCACGCCAGCAACCCCUGGGAGCUGGCCUAUGUCCCCUCCAACAGCAGCGCUGUCCGGAGCAUUGCCGAGGCAGUGGAGAGAGCUCUGCCCAUCAACAUCAGAGCUCAGGGCUUCCCCUCGGAGCGGGACUUCGAGGAGUACGUCAGGCUGGACAACCGCUCGGGCAGCGUCCUGGCCGCCGUCGUGUUCCGGCACCGCUUCCCGCACAGCUCGGCCCCGCUGCCCCUCCAGGUGGAGUAUGAGCUGCGCUUCAAGUACAGCCCGAGGAACGCCCCGCGGAGCGAGCAGACGGGGCUGAACCCCAACCUGGACCGCGACUGGCACACCAGUUACCUCUUCCCGCUCUUCCAGCUGCCCGGGCCGCGCGAGGCCAAGUUUGCUGAUGGGGGCACCCCAGGUUAUCUCCGGGAAGGAUUCCUGGCAGUGCAGCACGCGGUGGACAGGGCCAUCAUCCAGUACCACGCUGGUGCCAGCUCUGCCAGCCUGCUGGAGAACAUCACCGUGGUGGUGCAGCGCUUCCCCUUCCCCGCCUAUGUCAACGACCUCUUCCUCCUGGCCAUCCAGAACCAGCUGCCCCUGCUGCUCAUGCUCAGCUUCACCUACACCUCGCUCAACAUCGUCCGUGCCGUUGUUCAUGAGAAGGAGAAGAAGCUGAAGGAGUACAUGCACAUGAUGGGCCUCAGCAACUGGUUGCACUGGAGCGCCUGGUUCCUCAUGUUCUUCCUCUUCCUCCUGGUGUCCGUGUUCUUCGUCACCGUGCUCUUCUGUGUCAAGGUGAGCGAACAGGGAGCGGUGCUCACCAACAGUGACCCCACCCUGGUGUUCACCUUCCUGGCCAUCUUCUCCAUCUCCUCCAUCUCCUUCAACUUCAUGGUGAGCACCUUCUUCUCACGAGCAAACGUCGCAGCUGCUGCUGGAGGCUUCCUCUACUUCUUCUCCUACAUCCCCUACUUCUUCAUCUCGCCCCGCUACGACCUGAUGUCCCACAGCCAGAAGCUGGCAUCCUGCCUCAUCUCCAACGUGGCCAUGGCCAUGGGGGCGCAACUCAUCGGCAUGUUUGAAGGGAAAGGGACUGGCAUCCAGUGGAGGGACCUCAUGAAGCCUGUCAGCGUGGAUGACAACUUCACCUUGGCCCAGGUGCUGGGGAUGCUGCUCCUUGACUCGGUGCUGUAUGGCCUGGUGGCCUGGUACGUGGAGGCCGUGUUCCCCGGGGAGUAUGGUGUGCCACAGCCCUGGUACUUCUUCCUCACGCCCUCGUACUGGUGUGGGCGGCCCAGGACUGUUGUGGGGAAAGAGAAGGAGGAGGAGGAGGAUCCCGAGAAAGCCCUGAAGAGUCAGUACAUUGAGGAGGAACCAGCUGACCUCGUGUCAGGCAUCAAAAUAAAGCACCUGUCCAAGGUCUUCAGAGUGGGAAACAAGACAAAAGAGGCAGUGAAGGACUUGACAGUGAACAUGUAUGAAGGGCAGAUCACUGUCCUGUUGGGACACAACGGUGCUGGGAAGACCACCACUCUGUCCAUGCUCACAGGUCUGCACUCCCCGACGGGCGGGCAGGCCUACAUCAAUGGCUACGAGAUCUCCCAGGACAUGGUCCUGAUCCGCCGCAGCCUGGGGCUGUGUCCCCAGCACGACGUCCUCUUCGACAACAUGACAGUGGAAGAGCACCUCCACUUCUAUGCAGGGCUGAAGGGAUACCCAGCCUCCAAGUGUCCUGAGGAGAUCAACCACAUCCUGAGGAUCCUCAGCCUGGAGGACAAGCGCCGCUCCCUGACCAAGGCUCUCUCCGGGGGCAUGAAGCGCAAGCUGUCCAUCGGCAUCGCCCUCAUCGGGGACUCCAAGGUGGUGAUGCUGGAUGAGCCGACGUCGGGGAUGGACCCAGCCUCCCGCAGAGCCACGUGGGAUCUUCUGCAGCAGCAGAGGAGCAACAGAACCAUCCUGCUGACCACUCACUUCAUGGACGAGGCAGACCUGCUGGGGGACCGCAUAGCCAUCAUGGCCAAGGGCGAGCUGCAGUGCUGCGGCUCCUCGCUCUUCCUCAAGCGCAAAUACGGGGCAGGAUAUCACAUGGUGAUGGUGAAGGAGCCCUACUGCAACCUGGGGGAGAUCUCCCGCCUCAUCUGCCAGUACGUGCCCAACGCCACUAUGGAGAGCAAUGCUGGGGCAGAGCUGUCCUUCAUCCUGCCCAAGGAGAGCACACACAGGUUUGAGGCCCUGUUCACGGAGCUGGAGCAGAGGCGGGAGGAGCUGGGCAUCGCCAGCUACGGCGCCUCGGUCACCACCAUGGAGGAGGUGUUCCUCAGGGUUGGGAAGCUUGUGGACUCCAGCAUGGAUAUCCAGGCCAUCCAGCUGCCUGCUCUGCAGUACCAGCAUGAGAGACGCUCCAACGACUGGGCCAUGGAUGACUCCAGCAGCCUGAGUGGCAUGACGGACAUGACGGACGACAGCGGCGCGCUCAUUACCGAGGACUGCUCCAGCAUCAAGCUCAACACCGGGUUCUACCUGUGCUGCCAGCAGUUCUACGCCAUGUUCAUGAAGCGGGCCAUGUACAGCUGGCGCAACUGGAAGAUGGUGGCAGCGCAGUUCCUCGUGCCUCUGAUCUUCACUGCCUUUGCCCUCAUCGUGGCCAAGACCUUCCCGGGCCCGCGGGACUCGUCCCAGCUGCGGCUGACGCUGGAGCCCUACGGCCAGACCAUCGUGCCUUUCUCGGUGUCGGGCGCCGCGGGGCUGCCGCAGAGGCUGGCGGAGCAGUACUCAGAGCUGCUGGAUGCCCAGCGUCAGUCGCCACUGGAGGUGCUGGGUGGGCUGGAGGAGUACCUCAUCUCCCGAGCCUCCGAGGAAGGAGGGGCCUUCAACGAGCACUACAUUGCAGCUGCCUCCUUCGAGGGCGCGGGGAACCGCACGCUGGUCACGGCGCUCUUCAACAACCAGGCUUACCACUCCCCGGCCACCGCCCUCAUGCUGGCUGACAACGCCGUCCUCAGGGUGCUGGCAGGCCCCAACGCCUCCAUCACCGUCACCAACUACCCCCAGCCCCGCAACAUCACCGAGAAGGCCAAGGACCAGCUCAUGGAAGGCCAGACUGGGUUUGCCAUUGCUAUCAACCUGCUCUAUGGCAUGGCCUCGCUGGCCAGCACCUUCGCGCUGCUGCUGGUCAGCGAGCGCGCCAUCAAGGCCAAGCACGUCCAGUUCGUCAGCGGCGUUUACGUGGUCAACUUCUGGCUUUCUGCCCUGCUCUGGGACAUCAUCAACUUCCUCAUCCCUUGUGCUCUCAUGUUGGUGAUAUUCCAAGCCUUCAACGUGCAAGCCUUCACCCAAGACAGCCACCUUGUUGAUGUGAUGCUGAUCUUCCUCCUUUAUGGCUGGGCCAUCAUCCCCCUCAUGUACCUCCUCAGCUUCUUCUUCUCAGUGGCAGCCACAGCCUACACCCGUCUGACCAUCUUCAACAUCCUCUCCGGCACCGCCACCUUCCUCGCCGUCACCAUCAUGAGCAUCCCAGAGCUGGGCUUGGUGGACCUCUCCAAAACCCUGGAUAAAGUUUUUCUGGUCUUACCCAAUUACUGCUUGGGCCAGUGCAUCAGUGAUUUCUACCAGAACUACGAGUUCAUUCAGUUCUGCACCUCCUCUGUUGAAGCCAUCUUCAUCUGCAAGGCCUUCAAUAUCAGUUACCAGAUGAACUACUUUUCCUGGGAGACCCCUGGGAUUGGGCGGUACCUGACUUCCUUGGCCAUCCAGGGUUUCUCCUUCCUCUUCCUCCUCUUCCUGAUUGAGACAAACCUUCUCUGGAGACUGAGAACUCUGGUCUGUGGCAUCUGUAGGCGGCGGAAAUGGGUGGCUCUGCUGAACAGGGUGUCUGUGCUGCCAGAGGACAGGGACGUGGCAGAUGAGAGGAAGAAGGUUUUGGAGUCACCACCAGAACUGCUGUCGUCUCUCAGCAGCCCUCUGGUCAUCAAGGAGCUCACCAAGGUCUACGACAGCCGGGAGUCCCUGCUGGCAGUGGACAGGAUCUCCUUGGCUGUCAGCAAAGGGGAAUGCUUUGGUCUCCUUGGCUUCAACGGAGCGGGCAAAACCACCACCUUCAAGAUGCUGACGGGUGACGAGAGCAUCACAUCGGGGGACGCCUUUGUGGAUGGCCACAGCAUUCUGGCCAACAUCAAGAAGGUGCAGCAGCGGAUCGGGUACUGCCCGCAGUUCGACGCCCUCCUGGAGCACAUGACGGGGCGCGAGACGCUGAGCAUGUACGCGCGGCUGCGCGGCAUCCCCGAGCGCUACAUUGGCAGCUGUGUGGAGAACAUGCUGCGCGGGCUGCUCCUGGAGCCGCACGCCGACAAGCUCAUCAGGACCUACAGUGGUGGGAACAAGCGGAAGCUGAGUGCUGGCAUUGCCCUCAUUGGUGGCCCCCCCGUGAUCUUCCUGGACGAGCCCUCCACUGGCAUGGACCCCGUGGCCCGGCGCUUGCUCUGGGACGCAGUGACACGGACACGAGAGUGUGGCAAAUCCAUCAUCUUCACCUCCCACAGCAUGGAGGAGUGCGAGGCGUUGUGCACACGAUUGGCCAUCAUGGUGAAUGGGCAGUUCAAGUGCCUGGGCAGCCCCCAGCACCUCAAAAGCAAGUUUGGUAGUGGAUACACCUUGCUGGCCAAAACCCGGAGUGAGGAGGAGGGUGAGCUGCAGGCCUUCAAGGCCUUCGUGGAGAAGACUUUCCCAGGCAGUGUCCUGAAGCACGAGCACCAGGGCAUGGUGCAUUACCACUUAACCAACAAGAACCUCAGCUGGGCACAGGUCUUUGGGGCCCUGGAGAAAGCCAAAGAGAAGUACCGCUUGGAGGACUACUCGGUGAGCCAGAUCUCCCUGGAGCAGGUCUUCAUGAGCUUCACUCGCUUCCAGCACUACACAGAGGACAGAGGGAAAUGAGCCCCCAGUGCCCUUGGUCACGGACUGGCCCUCAGCCUAUACAUAGUAUAUAUAGAGACAGUAAUUUAUA